AUGUCUCUUCCAGGUUCACAACGUAUUGCCGGUACUGAUGGUAGUGAUUUUCAACAUCGUGAACGUAUUGCUCCGCAUUAUCGUAUUAGUACAGAAACAAAAUCACGUCUUCGUAUAUUAAUUUAUCUUCAUUUAUUACUUGCUUGUCUUGUAUUCUUUCAAAUUUUAACAUAUCAUUUACCAUUUAUAACAACACUUAAUAUACCACGUCCGCAUUUCUGGCAAUAUGUAUGGCUCAUUACUGUCUUACCAUCAAUCUGUGGUCUUUUAUCAAUGAAUCGAAAUGAUAGUUUUUUAAUGAAAACAUUUUUUCGUGGUACAGUUAUAUUUGGUUUAGGUACAAUUCUAACAACGAUUAUACUUAAUUUAAGUGAAUUAUUUACAUUUAAAAAAUUAAAAACUAAUCAUCAAUUAGAAGAAGUUGAACCACAAACAUUUCUUGGUUUUCCAUUAUUAGUACUUUGGUAUAUAUUUCUAAUAAUAACAGUACAAAUUCAUGCAUUUAGUUUAUAUAUGGCCAAUAUUUUAUUACAUAGUUGGCAUCAAUAUAAACCGACAAAGCAAAAUUAG